AUGGCAAAGAAAUCUAGAAAGGAGAAAAAGGAGAAAAAAGACAAAAAGCGCAAGUUGGCAGAAACAGAGCAGGACAGUAAAGAUACUACCAUUGUAGCAGUAAAAAAAGAGGCCAAGCCAUCCGUUGCAGCCAAUGGAGUUUGGACAUUUGUUGAAACUGAACAAUUGCCAGAAAAAACUAUUACUGAUUUUCUGGUUGAAAAUUCUAUCCGCAUUACCUCGAUUGAUGAUAAACCAUUCCAUGUUCAGCCUAUCUUCAAAUUCCAACAGGCAAAUUUCCCUACUAAACUGCAUUCAAUUCUUUCAGAAUUUCCAGCUCCUUCAUUUAUUCAGUCAGUCACCUGGCCGCCCAUUCUUAAUGGUCGCGACUUGGUUGGUAUUGCUGCUACUGGAUCUGGAAAAACUCUUGCAUUUGGUGUGCCUGCGCUUUUGCAUAUCCAGAAUUGCCUGGCACUGAAUACUCUUCAAAAAGGAAAGCCACUUACGUUGGUGCUCUCACCAACCCGUGAGCUUGCCAUGCAGAUCCAAGACCAAUUCGUGCAAUUCGGUCAAGCUAUUGGUGUCAAGAGUGUCUGUAUUUACGGUGGUAUGCCCAAGUGGGAGCAAAAAAAACUAUUACAGCAGGGUAUGCAUGUGAUUGUUGCUACCCCGGGCCGUCUAAUUGACUUGUUUGAAGAAGAUGAUCGUACUUGUGACUUGAGUCAGGUCAAGUACCUUGUACUUGAUGAGGCCGAUCGUAUGCUCGAUAUUGGAUUCGAAGAGGCUAUCAGGAAGAUUAUUAAAAAGCUGCCUACAGCGGCACAGGGCCGUCAAACCGUCAUGUUUUCUGCCACAUGGCCACAGUCUAUUCAGCGUAUGGCCAUGUCAUAUCUCAACAACCCAGUCAAAGUUACUGUUGGCUCAACAGAUUUGUCUGCCAACAUUAGCAUAGAGCAGCGCGUUGAAGUUCUUGAUCCCUUUGCAAAAGAAACUCGACUUCUUCAGCUUCUCAGAGACUAUCACAAGUCUCGCACUAACCGUAUUCUUAUCUUUGCUCUCUACAAAAAAGAAGCAUCCCGACUUGAUCAAUUUCUGAAACGCAAUGGAUACAAUGUAGCAUCCAUUCAUGGUGAUUUGUCACAAGUGCAGCGCACAGCAGCUAUUGAUGGGUUCCGAAGUGGCAAAAUUCCCCUGUUGAUUGCUACUGACGUUGCUGCUCGUGGUAUCGAUAUACCUAAUGUGGAAUAUGUAAUUAAUGUCACGUUUCCUUUGACCGUGGAGGAUUAUUGCCAUCGGAUUGGCCGUACUGGUCGUGCAGGAAAAACUGGCAUUUCUCACACCAUGUUUACGUUGCAUGACAAGUCCCAUUCUGGUGGGUUGAUUAAUAUUUUAAAGCAAGCAAAACAACCUGUUCCACCCGAGCUGUUAAAGUUUGGUACAACUACCAAGCGCAAGGUCGAUCCCACUUAUGGUGUUUUUGCCAAGGAUGUUGACAUGACCAAAAAGGGCACUAAAAUUACUUUUGAUGCCUCGGAUGAUGAUGAAUGA